AUGCCAACCUACGACAUGAAAACCGGAAAGCAGAUCGAUAUCCCUUCCGGGAGCCUCUUGGUGAUGACUUAUAACGAAAAAACUGGAGAAACGGAUUGCGUCGCUGUGAAAUUUGGUGAAUCGGGGAUGGAGGAGGUUAAGAUCACUCCAAAGUGGACGCCAAAGAAUAAGAAGAAGAAAAAGGCCAAUAAGUGGUUGUAA